UGGAGAAGUGAGCUCCCUGCAGUUUCUGGAGUUUGUCAUCUGUCUGAUUUUAACAUGAUUAAAUGUUUGGUGGAAGAUGUGCGAGCCAGGCUGCGUUCUGGAGUGACUAUCAACUCAUUGGGGCAGUGUGUUGAGGAGCUUGUCCUCAACAGUAUUGAUGCCAAAGCAACAUGUAUAGCUGUCAGGGUGGAUUUGGAAGCUUUUAAGAUCCAGGUGGUGGACAACGGCUCCGGAAUGGGGAGAGAGGACUUAAAUGCAAUGGGAAAGCAGUACUUCACCAGCAAGUGCAGCUCAGUGGCAGACCUGGAGAACCUGACAUUCUAUGGCUUUAGAGGGGAGGCUGUAGCAAGCAUAGCCAACAUGGCCAGUGUAGUGGAAGUUUCAUCUAAGACCAGCAAGACAGCAAAAACGUUUGUGAAACUAUUUCACAGUGGGCAAGCACUGGAAGCCUGUGAAGCUGAACUGAACAGACCAAGUGGCGGAACUACAGUGACUGUAUGUAAUCUGUUCCAUCAGUUACCAGUGAGGAGAAAGUGUAUGGAUCCUGUGUUGGAAUUAGAGAGGGUGAGACAGAAAGUAGAGGCUGUUUCACUGAUGCAUCCCUCUAUUUCACUUUCCUUAAGGAAUGAUGCUUCUUGCUCUACGGUGCUUCAGCUCCCUAAAACAAAAGAUGUGUAUUCUCGCUUUUGUCAAAUUUUUGGACUGGGCAGAUCACAGAAGUUACGAGAAAUAAAUCACAAGUCUGGGGGAUUUGAACUAAGUGGUUAUAUCAGUAUUGAAGGACAUUACAACAAAAAUAUGCAGUUCUUGUAUGUGAAUAAAAGGCUUGUUUUAAAGACAAGAAUACAUAAACUAAUUGAUUUUUUAUUAAGAAAGGAAAGUGUCAUUUGCAAGGCAAAAAGUGGCCCUGUGAGCAGACAGGCUAGUUCAAGUCCUGGUCGCCAUCGUUGUGGCCCGGAGUUGUACGGGAUCUUUAUUCUCAAUGUGACCUGUGCGUACAGUGACUAUGAUGUGUGUCUGGAACCUGCAAAAACACUAAUCGAGUUCCAGAACUGGGAUGUCCUUCUAACUUGCAUAGAGGAAGGAGUAAAAAUAUUUUUGAAAAGAGAAUAUUUAUUUAUUGAACCAUGUAACGAGGACAUCAGGGAAUUUAAUGAAGAUAAUGACUUUUGUUUGUGUAAUGCUCCAGUUCUGAAGCCCUCACUCUAUGAUGGGAAGAACAUCCAAGAGAGUUUUAAGAAAGCAUGUGAUGAAAUUGUGAAUUCCUAUGAAAUGUGUAACUUGCAAUCAAAAGAUGUCAAAAGGAAAUCUGUGACUGAAAAAAAAUCUUCAAAUCUUACAGAGUCAAAUAAAAAUCUACAGGAAACUGAAAUCACCCCAAGUCAGAAGAUUGCUGAAUCAUCUGAUCCAUGUGGAAACAACAAAGCGCAGAAUCCACUGCCCAGCAAAGGUGACACGGCUUCUGAUUUAAUUAUAUCAAGUAUCUCCAAGCAGGAGCCAAAAGACACCAGCAGUUCCCAAAAAGCAUCUGAUCUGAAACCUUCAGCAAAUCUUCAUUCCUCUUUCAGUGGAGGUGCCAGAUCAGAAACAAGAAAAGUAGACAGUGGUGCUGAGCUGCAGCAUUGUGCAGAGAAUUACAUAAAAGAUGUGGGAAGGCAGCAAGGCAAAGUAGUGCAGAAAAGCAAUGAGAUGUGUAUCUUCAAUAAUGAUGAUGCUCAUUCACCACCUGAGAGUGAAGACUCUAGUGAAACAGCGAUAGGAGCAGAAACUAUCUCUGGAAGUUCUCUGAUGAGACUGUGUAAUGCAGGAAGAGGAGACAGGGAAACUGCUGACACCACAGAUGGUGGUAGGAGAGGGGCUGUUAGUUCAAGACCAUUGACUUUGUGCUCUACAGGCCUCAGAACAUGUGUUGUGGAAAAUGAGCCCCCACAUGAAUGUGGUAAAACAGAAACAAAUCUUGCAUUAAAAACACAGUGUAGACCUGGCCCUACCAGUGCCAAGGGUAUUUUUGGCCACAAAGUGAAUUUUCCAAGUCAGUCUUUAAAUGCUAGGGAUAUUUCCAGUAAUACAAGUAAAAAGCACACACCUGCUUACACCAGAGAAGUAUUUGUGGCUCAUGGUAACAAGCAGUUAGAGAACAAAACUGUGUCAAAUCAGGUGACUGAGGGGACAGCUCUGCCUACUGCCAACAGCAAAAGACACUGUGAGACAUUGAAUGUUGCAGAAUUGCCACUCGCAGCUUCUUCAGGUAUUCCUCACAAUAAAGUUAUAAAAAGCACUAGAAGACAAAUAGCUGUGCCAAGACCUCAGCCCUCGAAGAAGCUGAGCUUGUGCACACAGCUGGGAUCAUUAGAAAAGUUCAGAAGAUACUAUGGGAGGGUCAAGUGUACGCUACCAGCACCAUUGUCAGAGCAGAGUGUUUUUAAUUUGCAAGCUAAUUGUGACUUUUCAAAGAAUGAGAAUGACAACCAUGGUAGUGUGAGCACUUGUGAAACUCCAACUGUGGAAGGUACAAAUUCUCAUACUAGUAGCCAAGUGUUUGAUUCUUUGGAAGGUACUUUAUUCUGCAGUGGAGAAACUUCACAGGACAAACAAGUCCUUUGUCAGAGUCCUUUGACUUUGUGUGAUUAUUCUCGGGGUAGUAAAAAAUACAUAAGUUGUAAAAGAUCUCCAGAAUCAUUAUCAUCCAAAUUGUCCAGAAUAAAAAGUGACCACAAGGAAGGAGGACAACUUGGUGAACACUUCCAAACAGAUUCAAGUAGAAAAGAGGACUGCUGUUUUGAUCUUGAAUCUUCAGAUGAUUUUUUGUACAAUGCUUGUCAAACAUAUAAAUCCUCAGUGGAAAAUACGAAGGAAUGUAAUGACAGCAUUUUGAAGGGGGUUUCAUGCUCACAGUCAGAUGGUAUGACAGCAGAGCUCAUGAAAAGUCCUGUCAGCCCAUCACCACUCAGCAUAGAAGGGGAGUGCACAGUCUCUUCAAGCAGUGUUUUAUCACUGCCUGCUAAAAAGGAUUGCACUAACAUCAUCUGUAAAGAUAAAAGUACAUUAGCUGAAUCCUCAGUACAAAAUUUGAAAGAUACUGACGUUUCCCAUAUGACCCUCCCAAGUAGCUUGGGAUUCUCUGCAGACAACACAAGCACAGGUGAUCCCAGGAAUGAUUUGUGGUCUGACUGGAUCCAAGAUUUUGAUGUUUCAUCAGGUAAGACGAUAUACAUCAAUAAAGCAACUGGACUGAGCACCUACGGCACUCCUCCUGCUGAAGGAUUUCAAGCUGCCUGCAUUCAAGAUAUCACAACGAUGGCUGUGAACAUUGUCUCAGAGAAUGGGAUUCAGUUCAGGUGCCAUCCCUUUAGAAGUGAGAUUGUGCUACCCUUCCUUCCUAGACCUCGAAAAGAGAGGACUCUAGCAAGCCAGGAUCUGAGAGAUGCUGAAGGGGGGUCUCUCCAAUCAUUGCUUUCAGAAUGGGAUAAUCCGGUUUUUGUCCCCUGCCCACAGAUUGCUGUUGAUGUGACCAGCAGUCAGGCUGAUGAUCUGGCUGUGAAAAUUCACAAUAUCUUGUAUCCUUAUCGUUUCACCAAAGACAUGGUUCAUUCAAUGCAGGUUCUUCAGCAAGUGGACAAUAAAUUUAUCGCUUGUGUAAUAAACACUAGGAAUGAAAUGGAUAAAAAGGCAGAUGGAAACCUCUUGGUUUUGGUGGACCAACAUGCAGCUCAUGAACGGAUCCGCUUGGAGCAGCUUAUUGCAGAUUCCUAUGAGAAGGAAGCUGCAGCAUGUGGCAAGAAGAAACUGCUGUCCUCUGCCAUCUCUCCCCCUUUGGAGAUUGAAGUUACCGAAGAACAAAGAAGAUUUCUACGAUGCUGCUACAAAAAAAUGGAGGACUUGGGUCUUGAAUUAUCAUUUCCUGAGACCAAUAGCUCCUUGAUUCUAGUGAGGAGAGUGCCACUUUGUUUUAUAGAAAGAGAAGCUGGUGAAGUACGACGGAAAAGACAACCUGUCUCUAAAAGCAUCGUGGAGGAGAUUAUUCAAGAACAAGUUGAGCUCGUGCAGACCACAGGAGGAGGAGCACAAGGGACACUGCCUCUGACCUAUCUGAAGGUGUUAGCUUCCCAGGCCUGUCAUGGAGCUAUUAAGUUUAAUGAGCAUUUGACUUUGGAGGAAAGCUGCAAGCUUAUUGAAACUUUGUCAUCUUGCCAUCUGCCCUUCCAGUGUGCUCAUGGAAGACCUUCCAUGAUGCCUCUUGCAGACACAGACCAUCUACAGCAGGAAAAGCAGCCUAAACCUAACUUGGCUAGGCUGCGGAAGAUGGCGCGAGCAUGGCAGCUAUUUGGGAAAAAAAGACCCUAAUCAAAAAGUGAGGAGUGUAAGCAGCAACCACUGCAAGUGGUGCAGGUCCCCAUAAUACCCUGUGUGUAGCCAAGUUCCUGAGUAACUGAAGUUCUGCUCCGAGUACUGACCUAAGCAGUAGAGACCAGCCAGGAGAACAUGGCAGGAGGAGCCCACCUGUGUAGCCUGGAGAAGCAUCUUCAAUGUUAAGCAAUUAUAUCUUAAGCCUGCACCUUAUGUCACUCCCUGACUAUGAGAGGCAAGAAAUUCCAGCUGCUCACAGUUACUGCAGUGCUUUUUCUCUGCAAAAAAGAGAUAUUUCUAAUUAAUGUAUUUUAUAGUCCUUUAAAAAGGGGAUAUAUUUAUUAAUAAAAUAAACAUUAAACUCUC